AUGGACCGUGACGACCACGGACCUGUUUUGGAUUUGUCGGAUGUCGUACACGACGAACCCCUGGGCGCAGCCGACGAAAAUCAACUCUCGGAAAGAAAUGCUGGAAACUUGUCUCGUUCCUCUACCCAUUUCUCAGUCGAUCCCCUAUCACUGGACGCCGAAAUUGAGGCUAUGCACAGUCAUACUUCCGACUCCCACAUUCAUUCGCCUCUUGCAAUUGUCGCAAGUGGAGUUCCAUCAUUUUCGGUCGAGCAACUGGAACGCGAAAUUUCCAGUUUGUUAGGCCAGAAUACAUCCCCCGCUUCCGCUAAUUUGUUAAGUGUUGCUGUGCAGAGACAAACCGAGGCAGAGCAGCACAUAUUGGACGUAUCUUCCAACCACUCGGGAGAUAAUACUGGUACUCAUGGACUCGAUGGUGUGGACAUGUUCGGAUACCACAGUGGACUUGCGGCGGUAUUGCAAGCUGCUGCUCGUGCGCAAGCUGAACGCAAUGAACGGGUUGCUGAGGAAAUAGCAGCCAGUCAUCCGGAGUUUGUUCGACGACGGGAAGAGGAAGAGCACGAGAGGGCUAGGACACGUAGCGCUCCUGCAUUCCAUUCGCUCACCGCAGGUGAGGUCUCACUUCCGAGCAUACAUGGAGGCUCAGGAAGUGGAAACGCAAGCGGAACUGAUGGUUCAGAGUACCUGUACGACGAUGAAGGAGAAAGCGAGCGAGAAGAAGAACCAGGUAACGCGAGCGCGAGGGACUCUUCCCCACCAAUGCCAUCUGAUGCUGCACCCAGUGGUUCCUCUCCCGUUUCAGCAGAGUUUACCGAUAUCAGUGAUAUUCUGAACCAUUUCACGCAUUUCAAUCGUGACGAUGACGGGAUAUCACAAAGGCAUGACGUGGAGUUUGUGCCAUCAGUCACGGACAGCACACCAACUAUCAGACGUUAUGGUCAUUUGCCUUCCCCCGUAUCUUCAGAGCUAAGCCGCCCCCAGCAACCCUUCGAAAGCGAUACCCUCACGCCGGAACUUGAACAACCUACCGCAUCAACUUCAUCGGGGUCAGGCAUUGCUAGUGAAGUGGAAAUGAAGAAGAAAAGAAAGAACAAGGGGCGCGAUAAGGUUGCACAUCCUCAUAUGUGUGAGCCGUGUUCCAAGACAUUCACGCGUCGUAGCGACCUUCUACGCCACAACCGCAUCCAUACAGGCGAGCGUCCAUAUGUCUGCCCAGAAGCUGCUUGCGGCAAGACUUUCAUUCAGCGAUCGGCCCUUCACGUUCAUCUACGCGUUCACACGGGGGAGAAACCGCACCUUUGCGAAUAUCCUGCGUGUGGCAGGACAUUUGGAGACUCUAGUAGCCUUGCGCGACAUCGCAGAACGCACACAGGCAGACGACCGUACAAAUGCGAGGAUCCCAUGUGUGACAAAACCUUUACUCGACGCACAACGCUAACAGCACACAUGAGGACGCAUGAUCCUUCGUGGGAGCCAGACCCAAACAUCUUCAUGCGUGCAUAUCGAGAUGCAAAAUAUAAUUUCAAAGCCAAGAGGCUGAAGCUCGACAGCGGCGAUGAUGAUGGUGAUCUGGAAGAAUCAGUGCGGACACUAUCCGCCUUGUUGACGCAGGGCGAAUCUGCUACGCAAGGCGUCUCUUAUUCGCGUGUGGAUACACAGAGCCCUGAGUCCCGCACUACAUCCAACAUCAGCGAAGAGCUUGCAGUUGCGUUGGCACAAGGGCGCACGCUCGUUUACGAAGACAUUGAAAAUGAGGAUGAUGAGGAUGAAGAUGAAACAUCCGACGCGGAUCUUGGGAGGACGAAAGCCAUUGGGCUGAAUCCCAGUCGAAUUUCAAACGAGGACGGGAGGUUUCCUGGCGUUCAUCAGGAGGCGGAAGUUGAUAUGGAUUUUCUUGAUGGACUCGGGGAGGAAGGUUCGGAUUUAAUAGCUAUACCGCUCCGGAGACGAAAGGGACAGGGCUUAGCGACUGUUUCGACCGGUAAACGCAAACGAUGA